AUGGUGGAGAAGCUUCUAGUGUUCGAGGUGGUGUCGUCCAGCUUCUUCAUGUUCUUGUCGCUGGUGGCUCAGCCUUGGGGGCUAAAGCUGGCAAUCAACCUACUGAAUAGUAAGGACGUGGAUGAGGCCUUGAGACUGCACUUGAAUGUCAAGGUUUUAAGGCUCGGAAUGUUGGGCUCCGCCCUGGGAUCCAUCUUUACCCGCAGAACCAACUUCGUGAAAAUAGGGUGUAGCCAGUACAACGUCACGGACGUGAACAUCUUCCAUCAGAACCUAAACGCAACGUUUCAAGACCUGAAAGCUCAGAUCGGAAACCAGAGCAAACACUUCGCGACGGCGCAGGCGGUGAAGGGAAACAACCCGGCUUAUGCUCUCUUUCAGUGCAGAAACUACCUCUCCAUCUCCGACUGUCUCAAGUGCUUCGACUUCGCCGCCGAUCACAUUCGUAACUGCUCCGUCGGCGUCACCGGUGCUCGUAUCAUCUACGAAGGUUGCUUCCUCAG